AGACAGCCCCCCGUGGAUAAUUCCGACAUUUCUCCAAAAGAUCCUACGCGGAUUUGACACACACACCGCGGUUUCCACGCUUUUUCCGGCGCCUAUGGUAAGCCUCCAAACUAUAAUAUCCCAUCCUUAUCCAUUCACUUUUUCCCUUUUCCUUUUUUGCCCCUAUCCUCCUCAUCCAUUAUAUUGGCCACUCACCCACUGACUCCCACAAAAAAAUCAUCUGUUUCGGACUCCAAAAAUGUUGCCUCAUUUUCAUCACUCUCCUGCUUUCGCUCGCAAGCUCAAGUCCUCCUUCUGCUGUUUCCAUGGCUUCCAACAGGACGACUUCCUCGACUCCCCCUCCAAGUCGCCGACCACAUCCCCAUGUUCCUGGUUCAAAUCUACCGUCGGCGAAUUCAGGGGAAUACUUGCCCGCUGCCGGUAUCUCCUCGCUCGGAUCGCUCGCCGGAGGAAAAGGUACCUCGCCUCCGUCGACUUUUCCUACGAUUCCUCCAGUUAUGCCCUCAAUUUCGAGGACGAUUGCCGUGAAGACGAUGAGUUCCCGUUCAGAAAUUUUACGGCUAGAUUCCCCCCGCCGAUCAAGGAGCGUGUUCCGGCGGCGAAAUUCGCCGGUUCUGAAGAUGGAAUCUCGGUUGAAUGAUUGAUUAUAUAGUUCAUUUAUUAUUUUAAGCGGAUUUUGGAUGUAAAUUGCUCCGCCCAUAGGAAUUUCCCCUU